CACAAUAACUUUUUAUAAACGUGUGUGUGCAUCAAAAUUUCAGAAAGAUUCCAAACGUUUCUGCCACUCGUGAAUAUUUUAAGUUUAAGUCGGUCAGCGUCACUCAGUGGUUUGUAAACGAACAAAAAGAGUAUUACAAUUCAGAGAACCUAACGGAACCAUAUUCUGUAAGAAGUCAUUUCAAUAUAUUGGCCCCACGCUCAAGAUGACGUGGAACUGCGUCUAUGUGCUUCUCUUGCUGGUCCUCUCUGACGGUCAUCUCAUUGAAGCGUCGCCGGCUUCCAUCCCCAAUGCUACAAAUAUUUCUGAAAAUUUUCAAAACCAAACUGGGAAAAAUACGUUGUCGGUCAUUUCUGCAAUGGAAAAUGGAAACUCGUCUAAAGUAACUAGCGAAGACGCAACUUUUUCAUCAAACAGAAAAAUUAAGUUCAAUUUUGAUGGAAUCUCUUCACCAGAAACUGAAGAAAAAAUAUUCAACGCGCACAACAAAGGAAAAUCCGGUAUUAUAAAACAUCUCAAUGCGCCAUCUUCCGCCAAUAAAAAAAUUACCGAGAAAAAAACGCAUAUCAAUGAAGAAUACACAAGUUCAACCAGCAAUCAUACUUCAGUUGAUCGAAAGCCGAAAUUGCAUCGCCUCAUUCCUCCAAAAACAAAGGACUCGAAAAUGUCAACUUUUAGAAAACACGUUCAUUCAGUUUCAGAUAGCGUUGCCGUAGGCAGUGCUCCUAUACCUACGUUUAUAAAACCUAAAAUUGUUACUAGAUAUUUUAGUUUGACCGAAUCCAAUGGAAAUGAUGGGAAAUCGUCUGUGACGAGUGACCUCACAGCGUCCGGUACAGUUCCUCUCGGUAUGAAAACUAAGCAACUUCUGGCCUCCCCAUCAAGUUAUUAUUAUCGGCCCAUCUACGAUCACGAUAACUACGAUCCGCUGCACAAAUCUCAUCCCGACGAUCACGAUGGAAUCGAUAAACACGGCCACGGCCACGACCGUCCUCCAUUCACUAACGGUCACAGGUCGCAUAACGGCUACGAAAGCAAACAUAACAACGGUCAUGUCAGUGAACAUGGACAUGACGGCCGUGAAACAUAUGAUGGGACAGCAGGUUUUGUGGACGACCAGUACGGACAUUCUGACACUGCAGCCGUGCAGGGGGAUCAAAGUGCUGGGGGAGAAUCUGUCUCCUCCCACAUAGACGACGCAGGGUACAGAGAGGGAUCUGUCACCAGUGAAGUAGGCGAGGCUGGCCACGAUCACGGAGAAAAAGGAUAUGUUUCUAAAGGACACGCUGAAGAGGGCUUCGACAACGUACAUCGUAAAGUCGAGUACGGUUAUUCGGAGACGUUCGGCGACGAGGACGAGUUUGAAUCUCACGACAGCGACCACGACUUGAGUGAUUCUUUCCAUGACAUCGGAGAAGAAGGAGCUUACGAAGAGGGAAAUGUGCAGGACCAACACUCCCACGAUGUUCACGGGGAAGCAGGAAGUUUAGACAAGUCUGAUUUUGAAGAAAAUUUUGAAAGAAUCAAAGCAUCAUUUGCCGAAGACGAUUAUUUUGGCAAACAUGAUUCUCAUGACACUGAUCACGGCACUCAUGGCAGCCAUUUUGAUAAAUUUGGAUCCCGUCGCCAUUAUAUCGAUAGUACCCACGAUGACCGUCUAGAAUCCCAUGGAGGUAGCCAUCUUAAUCCCCACGUAAUCCACGGUGGUUUGAAAAAUCCGGAUGCCUUCAAACUCCAUGAUAAAUCUUACGGAAAUCAAUACGGAAAUCGCGAACAGUCUUUGGAUUUUCCGCACUCGCGUGUGUUUGCAUCAGUCGACAAAGGUUUCCAAUCUGGCUUGAAUUUUGCUCCAAACGGCGGGAUUCAACACUACAACUCAGAUGUGAAUUACGGACCGGACAAUCAAUAUGAUUCUCCGUUGUUCAGGGGAGAUCUCGGAUGAAUGUUCCAUCCCCUUCAUAUAAACUAAAUGUUUUCUGUUUAUUAUAUUGUUGCUGUUACCAGAAAGCAGAUUCAAACUCAAGUCUUAAAAAUGUUUUCGAGCAGCAGAAUAUUUGAAACAUAUGAAAUUUUGAAACGUCUGGAUGUUCUACACGUCUGAUGCCGUGCUAACAUCGAAUUAGUCUAAAUCAGCGCGAAUUCUAAAAAUUAUUAUAUUUUCAUAUAUUUUAUAUAAAUAAUAAUAGCACUUAUACAUCUCACCUACAUUAAAAAAGCGAAAUAAUAGGGAAUUUUUUAGUUUAUUAAUAUUAUUAGAAAAGAUUGUAAUGAUUAAUUAAUUGGCUAUAAAAGGUUGAACAUUCGACGUCGUGGACUGAAUAAAAGUUAAAUUAAAGAGAAAAUUUCUCGCAGUAUAUUCAAAAUAAACAAAAAUCGAUGAACAUUGUUUGUGUUUAGGUUAGGACACAGGUUUUAAUUAUUAAUGUGAAUUUAAUUAUUAUACGCAUUAAUUAAUUUUCUUCAUAUUAUCAAGAAAAAGAGGUAUAAAAGCUUUCAGGAACUGUGUCAUUUCCAUACAUAGAAAUAAAUGUUAUCAUCAAUUUAAUUCGAUAUUAUAUGAAAUAAAUCAACAGAUAAAUAAUAAACUAAUCUACAAACAAGUUAUUGCUGUAUUCAAAAUAAUUAAGCUUUCUAAACAGAAAAUUU